CCAUAAACCAACUAUUCAGAUUAUUUAUGUGUCAUUUCUAUUAUUUGUUGUUAAAUAAAUAAUACAAGUUUUGAUGCUUUCAUAUGAUAUCUGAAGGAACAGGUCUAUACUAAAAGGUUUUGUGAUAAUUUGGAGAUAAAUAAAAAGAUUUUUAAACAAAAAUAAAAUCUUGAGUAUAAAAUGAACACUCAAAAAGUGUUAAGUGAUAUGGUAUUAGAGAAAUUAGAAUUAGAUAAGGAAAACUCAUUUACGUAUGGUGAACCUCACUAUAUGGCAGAAAAUGAAUAAGUAAAUAGUUAUGAAGUAUAUUGUUGAAUUAGGAGGAAGAGUUAUAAGAGGAAAUACAGUUACCUGUUUAUUCACCUUAAUAAUUAUCACAUUUCAAAAGACCAAAGCCAAUUUCUUUUGAUGAAUUCAAUCUUGAUGAAGAUCCAAAAAAAAAAGUAUGUACUUAAUGGGAACAUACUACAGUAGAAUAAUCAGAAAUAUUACCUAUGGGAGAUUUAGAAAGAUUAGCUGAUAUACUCUAACGUGAAAAUUAAAAGAAGUAUUCAUAUCCAAAGAAUUUACCUGUUCCUUCUAAUGUUGAUAAUCAUUUAGAUGAAUUGAAACUGCGUUUUACACCAUCUCAAAAAUAGGAUGAAUUUGUUUCAAACUAUAUUAAAGGAGAUGAUUUAUUAAGAAUCAAGGUUGGAUUGUGUGAUGAUAUCUUAAAUGAUGAAGAAACAUUAAAAUUUGAAGAUUGGGUUGAAUAAUUAUGCACAUCAACUAAUCAUGAAUCACUUAAAGAAAUGGCAAGAAAAUAAAAAGUUAAACGAUAUUUAGAAAAAAAACACAAUCGAACUUAUGAAAAGAAAGUCCAUUAUCAUAUUAGAUAAAAAGUUGCUGAAGAAAGAUUAAGAGUCAAGGGUAGAUUUGUAACUUGGGGAUAAGUAAUUUAAUUAUCUUAAUCUUAUUUAGGCACUUAAGAUGUUGGAUGACAAGGAUGCCAAGAAAUCAUGGAGCUACAAUGACUAUACUAAAAUCAAAAGCUUACUUAAUGAAAAGUUUGGAGCUGUAAAAAGUGAAAAGUCAUUGAGAUUCUGAUUGUUUUCAACACUUGUGU